AUGUCGAGCCCGAGGCUUCUGGUACUCUUUGGUAGCCAGACUGGCACGGCCGAAGAUGUGGCCGAGAGGCUGGGCCGUGAGGCCCGGCGCCGGCGGCUUGGCUGCCGGGUGCUGGCCCUAGACUCCUACCCGGUGGUGAAUCUGAUUAAAGAGCCUUUGGUGAUAUUUGUGUGCGCAACUACGGGCCAAGGAGACCCUCCUGACAACAUGAAGAACUUCUGGAGGUUCAUAUUCCGGAAGAACCUGCCACCAACCGCCCUCUGCCAAGUGGACUUUGCCGUCCUGGGCCUUGGGGACUCCUCAUACACCAAGUUCAAUUUUGUGGCCAAGAAGCUGCACCGUCGGCUGCUGCAGCUCGGAGGCUGCGCCCUCCUGCCCCCGUGCCUGGGCGAUGACCAGCACGAGCUGGGGCCUGACGCCGCCAUUGACCCCUGGCUGCACGACCUGUGGGGGAAGAUGCUGGAGCUGUACCCGGUGCCCCCUGGCCUCAGCGUGAUCCCACCUGGAGUCCUGCUGCCCUCCAAGUUCACCCUGCAGUUCCUGCAGGGGCUACCCAGGACUGAGGAGCAGCCUGAACCCAUGGCAGACCCUCAGGGAGCCCCCUCGGAGCUUCAGCCCUUCCUGGCACCCAUGGUUUCCAACCAGAGGGUCACGGGGGCCCUGCACUUCCAGGACGUCCGGCUGAUCGAGUUCGACAUCACUGGCUCUGGGAUCAGCUUUGCUGCCGGGGACGUGGUGCUGAUCCAGCCUGAGAACUCGGCCAGCCAUGUCCAGCGGUUCUGCCAGGUGUUGGGUCUGGACCCUGAUCAGUACUUCACACUGCAGCCCCGGGAGCCCGAUACUUCCCGCCCUGCACGCCUGCCUGUGCCCUGCUCGGUGAGGCACCUGGUGUCACAGUACUUGGACAUUGCCAGCGUCCCCCGCCGAUCCUUCUUCGAGCUGCUGGCUGGCCUCUCCCCGGCCGCACUGGAGCGGGAGAAGCUACUAGAGCUCAGCUCUGCCCGAGGCCAGGAGGAGCUGUCAGACUACUGCACCCGCCCCCGCAGGACCAUCCUGGAGGUGCUCUGUGACUUCCCACACACAGCGGGCGCCGUGUCCCCUGACUACCUGCUGGACCUCAUCCCCCCUAUCCGGCCACGAGCCUUCUCCAUCGCCUCCUCUCUGUUGGCCCUCCCCGGGCGGCUGCAGAUCCUGGUGGCUGUGGUGCAGUACCGGACGCGUCUCAAGGAGCCCCGCCGGGGCCUCUGUUCCAGCUGGCUGGCUUCUCUGGACCCCGGGCAAGGACCUGUCCGGGUACCCCUGUGGGUGCGGCCUGGGAGCCUGGCCUUCCCAGAGACACCAGGCACACCUGUGGUCAUGGUGGGGCCUGGCACAGGUGUGGCCCCCUUCCGAGCAGCCAUCCAGGAGCGGGUGGCCCAGGGCCAGACUGGAAACGUCUUGUUCUUUGGCUGCCGUCAUCGGGACCAGGACUUCUACUGGGAGGCUGAGUGGCGGGAGCUGGAGCGGAGGGGCUGCUUGACCCUGGUCACAGCCUUCUCCAGGGAGCAGGUGCUCAGCUCCCUGCCCCGCCCACAGGAACAGAAGGUGUAUGUCCAGCAUCAGCUGAAGGUGCUCGGGCCUCUGGUGUGGAGGCUGCUGGACUCCCACGGCGCCCACUUCUACCUGGCGGGCAAUGCCAAGGCCAUGCCAGCUGACGUCACCGAGGCCCUGACAUCCAUCUUCCGGGAACAGGGUGGUCUCUCCGGCCCUGACGCAACCAGCUACCUCACCAGGCUGCAGCGCACACAGCGCUUCCAGAUGGAGACCUGGGCAUAG